CUUAUUUCUUAGAAUUUCAAAAUGAAGAGAAAAAUGAUAAACGGAGCUCCGUCGAGCUCUGGGGAAUCUGGGCAACAGCAAAGCUCCCAAGCUCCGAAUUACUCUCGGAUCCUGCCACCAACAACCACCGCCACUCGAACCACUACGCCAAAUUGGGAAAUCUUAUUCAGGCGACUAGAUCCUGACUUACCAGAGAACUUUGCAUAUAGUUUGAAGCGGGUCUUCUUUGGAGAUACUGGAACCAAUGACUUUCCAGAUGACAAACUCCGAGGAAAAAAAGCCAUUCGACUGAUUCCGUUAGAAGAUAAUGAAGUGUGCCGACUUGGUAAGGAGCUUUUUGAGCGUAUUAAUUACUCUGUCUCACAAUAUCAUCUUGGUGUUAUUUUUAUUUUGGCAUUUCAACUGAAAAGCCCUGGAGAUGGAAAAACAGAGAGAAUGUUCCCAGCCUUCGAUGAACUAGGGAUUCCUGAAGAUAUCGAUUACUUCUCACUUGAUCGAUCUGGUAAGCUUGAUGGUGGUUACACAACAACUAUCCAUGAAUCUGGAGAAAUGUAUGAAAAUGCUAUGGCAUAUUCGUUCUUGGCCUGUUCUAUACUGAAAUAUUUUGUCCGGUCAGUUGAUAACUUUUCCAAUUCUCUCCAAAACAUUGAAAGCGGUUUUCGUAAGUUUUAUGGUAGAGAUUUCCCUCUUGGAGCUAUCGACAUGCAAGGAAAUACAAUAUCUAAUAUUCAUUGUCAAUUCAUAUAUGAUCUUAUGAGAAUCACUCUUUAUAGGUUUUUGUACAAUGCAAAUCAUAGAGGAAAGGUCAAUGAAGUACAGAGUUUUCUAUAUGAUAUGUGUUUAGAACACAACGGUAUGCAUGUGAUUCCCAUUGCCUUCAAACUCUGUGAAGCUUUUCAAUGUUUACCAUAUGAACUCCUAUCAGCAAUAUACUGUGAAAUGUAUGAACCUCAGAUAGAGGGCCUUAAAUCUGCCUUCACGCUUCUUGGUAGUAAAGAGGAAAGGUAUCGCAGACAAAUAUGGAAAGCCCAGCUGCCAACUCUGGAAUCGUGGAAAUAAAGCAAUUUAAGAAAAUCAGUGAAAGCGACAGGGUGAAGUUGGAAAAUGCUACAAGUUUGCACAUGACUGAGUUGAAGAAUUCUUUAGUUUCAAAAAAGUAUUACAAUUUAGUGUCUCGAAUAUUGUAUUCCAAUAACCAUGUUUAGUGGAUUUUGUCAGGAGACGUGGAAUAGUAUUUCAAUAUCAUGUUUAAAGUUUCUUGUU